GACAUUGUUCCGAGAUCUAAACCUAGAAGAAUAUCUCGAAUAAAAACUUUCAAAUUAGUAUUAUUUAAUAAAGUUUCUCGGAAAGACGGGUCGCAGAAGGGAAAAAUUGUUUUGUAAUAAACGCGAGAGUCCUCGGAGAUAAACUGAGGGGCUCUUGUGAACAUUUAACGGGGGUUGAAGCGGCAGUCGAGACGGCAAGACGGCGCAGGCUUGAGCAACAUAGUGUGCGUUUUGUAAAACUCCGCAGUGCUGUAACGAAGCUUGUUAGUGUACUGUUGUAAGGAGAUUGUCAGCUACAGUGAAGACACCUUCUGAGCGAGGACCGUGCAAAUGGAACUAAUGAGUUCUCUGUUGUUAUGUGCACUAGCAACGCUCGUGCCGCAAGCGUUAGGUAAAAAAAGUAUUAUGUCUACUGGAUUAAAUAAGACUGUCAUUUUAAAGAGAACGCCCUCAAUGGAUAAAGAUCACGUGAUAUCCGUACAAGUGCCUUCUUCAAUGAAUAAAGUGAGUGACCUUAAAUCUGUCUUUUUGGAUGCGACUUGCAAAAGAUGUCAUAAUUGUAUGGAACGAGCAAUCAAAUCUCACAAAGUACAAAAUCAAAUCGACUUAUUAAAAAACGAACAAUUUCACAGUGAACUAGUUGAUCAAGAAAUAAAUAAACGCAAUAAGAGGAAAACAAAUGCAAGCGCACAAAGAAAAAUUGAUAAGAAAAUAAAAAAAUCCAAAUCAAAAAAUAAAUCCGUAACAAUUAUCAAAUAUAAUGAUAAUGAACGAAUAUUUGCUCUAAAGAUAAUAGAAACAAAUAAGCACGUGUUAUUAGACCAACAAACGAAUAACACAAUGACAUGUCAAGUGUAUAGCGUUAAAAAAUCGUUUCCAUGUGAAACGCCAGAAGCUGAUUUAAUUUUGAAUGAAUCAAAGACGAAAAUAAAUAAGAAUAAGAAAAGUAAAAGAGAACAAAGUAAAAAGAAUGAGAAAACGACUGUAAUUGCACCCGUAUUUAGGAAACGUCAAAUCGACGAUUCACAAGCUCCUGAACAAAUAAUGCCUUCAAUAGAAGAAAUAUACUAGCCUAAUGAUAGACCUAUAAAUAAACGAGCAACCAAUACAGCUUCGAAUCUUUUAUUGGUUUCUCAUAUUUAUUUAAAAGUUAGAAAUAGAUAAAACAGU